UACCAUUCAAUACAUAAUAAUGUUGAGAUUAUCCACUUCUUCCAAGGUCGCCACUAGAACCUUCACCUCCUCCAGCUUCGCCUUACAAAAAACCAGAAUUGAAUCUGAUGCUUUUGGUGAAAUUGAAGUUGAUGCUUCCAAGUACUAUGGUGCUCAAACCGCUAGAUCCAAAAUGAAUUUCAAGAUUGGUGGUACUGCUGCCCGUAUGCCAACCCCAGUCAUUCGUGCCUUUGGUGUCUUGAAGAAGUCUACUGCUAUCGUCAAUGAACAAUUGGGUGCCUUGGACCCAAAAUUGUCUGCUGCCAUUCAACAAGCUGCCACUGAAGUCGCAGAAGGUAAAUUGGACGACCAUUUCCCCUUGGUUGUUUUCCAAACUGGUUCCGGUACUCAAUCCAACAUGAAUGCUAACGAAGUCAUUUCCAACAGAGCCAUUGAAAUCUUGGGCGGUGAAUUGGGUUCCAAGAAGCCAGUCCAUCCAAAUGACCACUGUAACAUGUCUCAAUCUUCUAACGAUACUUUCCCAACUGUUAUGCACAUUGCUGCCACCACCGAAAUUUACAAUUCUUUACUUCCAGAAUUGACCAAGUUACGUGAUGCUUUGCAAGCCAAGUCUGAAGAAUUCAAGGAUAUCAUCAAGAUUGGUAGAACCCAUUUGCAAGAUGCCACUCCAUUGACUUUAGGUCAAGAAUUCUCCGGUUACGCUCAACAAUUAACCAACGGUAUUGAAAGAGUUGAAAAAGUUUUACCAAACUUAUUGUUCUUGGCCCAAGGUGGUACCGCUGUUGGUACUGGUUUAAACACCAGAAAGGGUUGGGAUGUCAAGGUUGCUGAACAAGUUUCCAAGUUGACUGGAUUCCCAUUCAAGACUGCUCCAAACAAGUUUGAAGCUCUUGCUGCUCAUGAUGCUAUUGUUGAAGCCUCUGGUGCUUUAAACACCGUGGCUGUCUCCUUGUACAAAAUUGCCAACGAUAUCAGAUACUUGGGUUCUGGUCCAAGAUGUGGUUACGGUGAAUUAGCCUUACCUGAAAACGAACCAGGUUCUUCCAUUAUGCCCGGUAAGGUUAACCCAACCCAAAACGAAGCCUUGACCAUGGUUGCCUGCCAAGUUUUCGGUAACAAUGCUGCCAUCACUUUUGCUGGUGCCUCUGGUCAAUUCGAAUUGAAUGUGUUCAAGCCAGUCAUGAUUGCCAACUUGUUAUCUUCUAUCAGAUUGAUUGCCGAUGGUAGUGCCUCUUUCAGAACUAACUGUGUUGAAGGUAUCAAGGCCAACAAGGACAAGAUUGAAAAGACCUUACACGAAUCCUUGAUGUUGGUUACUGCCUUAAACCCAAAGAUUGGUUACGAUGCUGCUUCCAAGACCGCCAAGAAUGCUCACAAGAAGGGAUUGACUUUGAAGCAAUCUGCUCUUGAAUUGGGUGUUUUGUCCGAACAAGAGUUCGACGAAUGGGUCAGACCAGAAAAGAUGAUUGGUCCAAAGGACUAAGCCAAAGUGUUUAUUUAUUUAUAACUGUAUAUAUCGUAGAAUGUGAAUGUUAAUUUCUAUGC